GGGAGAGAAAAAAGAUAUUACCUUUCGAAAAUGCUGGGGCUCACUUCCUUAUCCCCGCGCCCAGCGCGCCCUUCCCCGUCUCCGGCCACGCCUCCUCACCGCCGGCCGCCGCCGCCUGGCGGCCGUAUCCGUCCCACAUCCGCCGUAUCGACCGCCCCGUCCGACGGCGGCGGCGCGGCCGACGACUACCACUCCACCAUCCGCUCCCUAAACUCGCACGGCCGCCGCCACGUCCCCCGCAAAUCCCUCGGCCAGAACUACAUGCUGAACGCGAGGGUGAACGAGGAGCUGGUGGCGGCGGCGGGGGUGGAGGAGGGGGACGUCGUGCUCGAGAUAGGCCCCGGGACGGGCUCGCUCACCGCCGCGCUGCUCGCCGCCGGCGCCACCGUCGUCGCCGUCGAGAAGGAUAAGCAUAUGGCUACCCUUGUGAGAGAUAGAUUUGGAUCCACAGAGCAAUUGAAGGUCAUUGAAGAAGAUAUUACAAAAUUUCACGUUCACUCUCAUUUUCUCCCUAUCCUGGAGGAGAAAUCUCGUGGCAAGAAAAAAUACGCCAAGGUUGUGUCAAACUUACCAUUCAAUGUCAGCACUGAAGUUGUCAAACAAAUUCUCCCAAUGGGAGAUGUUUUCUCUGUCAUGGUGCUCAUGCUUCAGGAUGAAGCGGCACUACGCCUUGCAAAUGCUUCAAUACAAACACCAGAGUACCGACCUAUCAAUGUGUUUGUGAAUUUCUACUCUGAACCUGAAUACAAGUUCAAAGUAGAGAGGGCCAACUUUUUCCCUCAACCGACGGUUGAUGGUGGUGUUAUAAGGUUUAAAAUAAAGGAUGCUGGGGAGUAUCCGCCUGUUAGUUCUAACAAAAGUUUCUUUUCAAUGGUGAACUCCGCGUUCAAUGGGAAACGCAAGAUGCUUCGGAAAUCACUUCAACACCUAUGUUCUUCUGCUGACAUUGAGGCUGCUCUUACCAAUAUCGAUCUUCCGCCUACGGCUAGACCGUCUGAACUGGGGAUGGAUGAUUUCGUGAGGUUGCACAAUCACCUGGGAAAAGUAUGACCACCCCUGCGUUCAAAAUGCGUAUGGAAUCAUCUUAUUGGUUUGCUCGCUGGACUAAUCAUGCCGCUGAAGUGAUUUGGUUCCCAGCUAGAGCGCACUGCAACUUGCAGAUUAUGCUUGCUGACAGUAACCGACUAGCAUUCCCCAGCAGUCCCACAGCCUUCACCACAACAUAAUCGGUGGCACAGCUUCAGCCCACGGCACCCUUGCAUGGAGAUGAUCAUAGUGAUUGUGCUCCAAGUUCAAAAGCAAUGAUAAUAUGCAGGAUACAAUUUGCUCGCACAGGAAUUGCAGUUUUUCCCUUAUCGCAGAUAGCAUCCCUGCAAGAGGGAAGAUAUGCGGGCGUUACAUGUGUAUAAUUUACUGGAACUAUCUAUCCUCCUGUACUAAUCUUCGCAAGUUGGAGGCGGAAAUGUAGAGAUCAAAUGUCUGUCAGAGCAAUCUGAAGACCAGGCAAAGAUGCUAGCUGCUCAUAGUAAAUUGCCAAGAGCAUUUUUAUGUGUCGACAUAGAUGGUAGAUAGAGGUACGGCUGUUGCAUUUUGAGCUUUAGUUUGUUCUAUAGACUGCAACAAAAACUUGCAGAUGCUCGAUGUUUGAGUGUGCGGCAUUCUGAUACUUUUUUGCCUGGCAGCGUGUCACUGUGAUGCAACAUACAUGUACUGCCAGUUCUUUUCCUGACAAAUAUUGGUUAGCAUGUUGUGCUGUUAUUCUAUUUUAUUUCUUUUCUUUUGUUGGUUAAA